AUGAUAUCAUCAUCACAGUCGAAGACUAAUGAUAACAACACACAAUCUCUCCCAUAUAUUCAGAUCGAAAAUAAGAUAUUGAAAGAUAAUUAUGCUCCCCAAGAGGGUACAGACGAAUGGUGUAUCUACAAAGCCGGAAAGCUGUGGCAAAAAGGAUUAGACAUUUAUUCCAAACAUACGGCUGAAUCGAAAGACGUUGCAUUGGCCUAUAUGUUUAAUGCAAUUGUCAUUAAUGACGAUGCGACAUACAUUCGAGCGUCGUCGCAAUUAGUCCCAUCAUUGUUCAAAAACAAACCAUUCGUGCCAACUUUGACUACUAUAGCCAAAGAAAUUUGCCUACCCGGUGCGGAAUACGGAAUGAUUUCAACUCUCGAAUUCUCUCAGAAAAUAAGUUCUCUCAGAUCCAAUCUCGAAGAAAAAGACGAUGAAAUUCUCUCCGCUACCCUCAAUAUGUACGAAAAAUUCGCCAUGUCGUCAACACUAUUUUUACACUUUAUGCCCAUCUCGGAUGCACAGUCUCAUAUCGACUUGUUAACUCGAGUCAUUAUCCACGCAGCCUCGCUGCGGAAACUACUUUCUCUUCGAUUACCCAGCUUCAUCGAAGGCUUGGCCAUUCAGUCCCUCAACAACAUUCCAGUAGCAUCGCUUAUGGACGAAAAGCCACUUCCGAGUCUUACGGCAACGACGGCUUUGUCAGGGGCUGCCCGUGAUCGUAUACUAAAGAAGAUUAAUGCUUCACACAAGUGGGCAUUCUUAUUGAGUUUAGAAUUUAUUUCUUUUUUGUACUAUAAAGUUGUGAUCGCGUUCGAACAGCUGUCGGAUUUGGAAUGGAAUAAGAAAAGAGAGGGACUAAAGAAAUCGACACAAUUUAUAAUCGAUAUUUUGGAUGUUGCUAAGAACUACCCCGCAAUCGAGGUAGAAGAUUCUACAUCUUCACAGGCAGCGUUAGCGCUUUUAUUCCCUUUUCCAUUCUCGCAGAUUUAUCGUCCCCGAUAUUUGUCGCUACGUGGAAAGGCUAUAUUUAACAUGGGUAGAUUCCAGGAGGCUAAGAAUAUAUUUAAUGAAAUUGCCAGUCAAUAUAGUAACACAUCUAAGGUUAUUGCUACAGAAUCCUUGUAUCAAAUAGCUGUUUGUAUAGCGAUGGGAUCGGAUAGCGUUAAGGAUGUUACUAAAUUCGACGUUGAAGUGUUUAAAAAAGCAGAGCGAAGGGCCGAAGAGGAGGAGAAAAAAAUGAAAAGCGAAGGUAUAUUUGUAGAGUUUGAAAACGAAGCUAAAAAAGUGGCCACAUCACUCGUUAAAGAGCUUCCUGCAUCGGGCACUCACUUUAAAGGCACACUUGAAGUACAUCCAUCGGGACAUAAAGUCUUUCUUCGAUUCAGCGCCGAAGGUGUAAUAUCGCCAAAAUCGAAUGCGUGUCAGAGUUGUGGUAAAACUGAUUCGUUAAUGCAAUGCGUUUGCAAACGAGUAAAGUAUUGCGGGAAAAUCUGUCAGAAAAAUGAUUGGAAGAAUCACAAGGGUGUUUGUACGUUUAAAAAAGAUGAUGGAGAGUAG